AUGCUCAAGAAUGGCUCGGUAUACCCCAGACGUUUAUCUUACUGCAUCAGAGACUCAGACCAUUCUGUGUUGACCAACGGCAGCAUCCCGACUCUCGACGUUGACGGCAAUUCCAAGUCACAGCUGUCAAUCUUGGUUAAGCAGCUGCAGCUGAACUCGUAUGGCAAGCAUAAUCUUACUACGGUGGUGUGGGAGGAGCAAAAGUCGGUUUCACGAACUAAGGCGUCUCAAGGGGACUCAAAAUCGUUGCCCCAAUCGGUGCAAGGUGAUGAUAAGUUAUUCCGCGCGACGCACACGACGAUUGUUGUCGUGUCUCCGGGGUGGGUUUCACUGCUUCCCCCACUGGUAACUCUGUUCAUGUCAGUUUUGCUGGGCCAGGUAGCAGUGUCACUACUUGUUGGUAUUUGGUGUGGCGCUAGUAUUGUUUCAAAUGGAGACGUGUUCACCGCACUUCUACGCACCUUUGACCAGUAUUGGGUCAAUGCAUUUACAGUGAAUGAUCAUGCAGGUGUGCUGCUGUUCACACUCGUACUUGGUGGAACUAUCGGUGUGGUUCAGAAAGGUGGAGGGGGCCACGGACUGGCUAUUGUUGCCAAGCAAUUCAUGACAUCGUCGCUGCGCAUGCAACUAUCGACCUGGCUGCUGUGCAUUGCUAUUUUCUUCGACGAUUAUUCCUGUAUCCUAAUUGUAGGAAGCUCGUUGCGUCAAGUCCUUAGUCAGACUGGUGUCAGUCGCGAAAAGUUUGCGGCAAUAAUUCAUACCGUCGGGGUUUGUCUGCCAUCCAUGUCUCCAGUAAGUUCAUGGAUCGGGGUGGAAGUCGGGUAUCUUGCAGCACAACUCCGUGGGCUUGAGCUCGAUUGGGACCCAUUCGUCACUUGUCUUUCCUGUUUGCACUACCGUUUCUUUCCGAUUCUCUUUAUCGCUUUCAUUUUCAUCACAACGAUAUGCGAAAAGGAUUUUGGCCCGAUGGUGCAAUUCGAGAAAGACGCUGCAGCAUCUCCUAUAAAUAACGGUCCUAUGACACCAGAUUUCCCUGGACCGAUGGAUAGUCCGAAACCUGAGCUCGGUCCACUAGAACCUGACUCAACAAAACCACUGCGCUGGCAAAAUGCAGUAGUGCCGUUCCUUGCUAUCGCUAUAACAACGUUCGUGGGCAUGAUUUUCGAUGGCUUUGACCGAUUGUAUGCAGAAACACCAAACGAAUCGUUUACUAUUCUCGAUGCUAUGAGCCACUGCGACUCUGUUUCGUCAUUGAUCCGUGCAUCAGCUGCUGGAUGGGUUAUUGCCGUGACGAUGCUGUUAUUGCAGCGUAUUAUUACGCUGAACGAAGCAACCAAAGCCUGGAUGGAAGGAGUUAAGGAUAUAUUGGAGCCGACUCUGACACUUACCCUGGCGUGGGCUCUUGGUUCGGCAAUUGGUGAGGUGAGUACGGCACCGUUUAUCGCCUCAGUGGUUGGAGACUCCAUUCCAAAGCAGAUUUUGCCGGCAAUCGCGUGUCUUCUUUGCUACGUCGUGUCAUUUGCUGUUGGCAGUUCAUUUGGCACAAUGGCAAUCAUGUUCCCGAUUAUUGCACCUCUAUCCUGGUCAAUAAGUGGCGGCGACGCGGAUAAUCUGCGUCAAUGCUUUGGCAGCAUCCUUGGUGGCUCUGUGUUUGGUAACACAUGCUCGCCCAUCGCCGAUACGUCCAUUCUCGCGUCUCUUUCUGCGCAUGUGUCACUUGAGAAUCAUGUUCGCAGUAUAUUACCAUACGCUGUAUUAGUCGCUGUCGUGUCGGUCAUUGGUGGUUCUUUGCCCAUAGGUAUGAAAAUUUGUAGCACGUUCACUGCAUUUGGCAUCUGCCUUGCUGUACUGCUGCUCGUCGUGUUUUUCUGCGGCACACGUGUGAACAUGCGAUACCGAUCUUUGUCAUCGUGCAGCUUUCUGAGCGUGUCACCUCCUAUGAGAUACGAAGGCGAAAUUCAGCCGUUGCUCUCGGCUUAG